UACUUAAUAAUCAGUUGGCCUGGACGUGAGGUUGCGAAAAUUUGAACCAAUUGCAAACUGUUGAACUUUACCCUGCGCAUACAGCUUGUUUCCCUGCCCUCCUCUUAUUGCUGACAGGGUAUUUAAUGAAAACAAAUCUAUGUUAAAAUAAGCAGCUACAAUUAUAGAGCAGGAGAGCUUGGCUUGGCUGCUGUCUGUGGUGAUCAGCUUUUAGUGCUGGCUCUCGUAGUCGGGAUUUCUCAUCAGAGGCCAUGGAGCUUUCAGCCAACGAGCUCAGCAUCUAUGACAAGCUAUCAGAGACAAUUGAUCUGGUGAGACAGACUGGGCACCAGUGUGGGAUGUCAGAAAAAGCCAUCGAGAAAUUCAUCAAGCAGCUCUUGGAAAGGAAUGAACCCCAAAGGGGCCCUCCCCGCUACCCUGUCUUAGUGGCCAUCUACAAGGGCCUGCUCACGCUGGGACUGGUCUUGCUAACUGUGUACUUUGUGAUCCAGCCAUACAGCCCGCUGCCACCCGAAACUCCACUCUCCAGAGCCCAUGCCUGGGGCUCCCUCAUCGGCCACAUCCGGCUGCUCUCUCUCCCUAUUGCCAAGAAGUACAUGCUUGAGAAAUGCCAGGACUGGUGGGCAGCAGGUUGCAGACAAAACACUUCUACACUUCCUGCAAACUGCACAGCAUGUUCUACUGUGAAAAGCCUUCAGAUUGUGACAGACAUUGGGGAGCUAUCAGAAAAACUCCAGGGGUCUCAGCCUUUUCUAACCAAGACAGGACAAUCUCUCUCAUACGAAGAACUAAAGCACUUUCAGUCCCAGGAUCCUGAACUGGCAGAGAUUAUCAUAGAAGAAAAUUCAUCUGAAUUGUGGAGCUGCCUCCCAAGACAGAGCUUCCCAUUUUUCCUUCCUUGGAACAGGUCUGUGAACAGAACUCAGAUUCUGCAGGAAUUUUUCCCUACUUCCUCUUUGCUGUCUUUCCCCAGGACAGUCUCCCUGGAGAACUGCUUUCUCAUCCGCCAUCCAGAUUUGGGGAAUAAGAGCUACAGUUUGCACAGCCUCUUUGUUGUUGGAAGUGGACAGCUCACCCUGACUGUUGUACCUCUGGACAAGUGCAGAGGACACUGCGAGAUGUUCAAAGUGGAUCUGGAAGCUGGAGAUUUGGGUUAUGCCAGCACGGAUUACUGGACGAUGAGCUUCGUGGCCAAAGGGACAGAGCCAGCUGUUGUUUGUUAUGGAGCUGCUAGCUAAGGACUGUGGCAUAGGAAAACAGAGCUACUUCCAGGGCAAGAAGACUUUCAGCUUUGAAGCCAAGGCAACAUCUUGAAAACAAUAGAGUGGGGCAACUGUGACAGGCAGCUUUGCCACCCUGCAUGUUUACAGUGUUAAAAAAUGACUGUUGUCCUGA